AAAGAGAAGGGUUUGUGAUUGACGGCUUUGCCAGCCAAUCGCUGCACGGGUUUUGAUCUCCGCCCACCCACUGUCCUACCGGGCUGGUUCCCGCCCCGCGUGGUGACCGACAAGGAAGCCGCCCAAUGGAAGAGGAGCACAAAAAUAAAAGGACAGCUCAGCCAUCCACUCGGAAACGGAAGAAGGUGGGCCCAAUUUCCUCUGUCACCCUAGCCCCGAGCCUGGGAAUGCCAAGGAUUUCCAGAGGAUACACUGCAGCUGUUUCAAUGGCCAUACUAUGAACAACAGACUGAUCCCACAAGUAGCAGAGGAAGUGCUGCAUUUUCUUGACAUGUCCAGAGAUUCCUGAUUCUCUGGCGUGGAGUUGGAUUCAUCACAUACGAGAAGCUGUGCCUUGGGAUGUGGCUGCAGAGCUGUAGAAUCACACUGAGCCUCUCAACAGGACCUUCCCCACCUUUCUAUGAAGGGAAUUGGGUCCAGGGUGGACACCAGCAACAUAAAUAAAUAAUGGUUUUGCAUAAACUACAGCAUCCUGCUCUUGGGAGUCCGUGUUCUCCUUUCUUGCCUUUUAGCUGAGCUGCAAGGCUCACCAGCAGCUGGAGGUGUCCUGGAGCAUGGAAGGUGUCCUGGAGCAUGACAGCACUGGCAGUUGGAUGUGUCUCCAUUCACAAGCACUUCUUGAGUUCAGUCCAUGUCGGCUGUGGUAAACUGGGGCUCCUGACGUGCCCCAGAUAAGGAACUGUCCCUUGCCAACGCCUCCUGGGCUUUUUAUCUCCCUUUGAGUUUUUAUUCCUGCCACCCCCCAAAACCUCCUUUGCUAUUGGUUUGAGGUUACUGGAACAUUUUUAUAGGAAAAAGAACACAUCAAUGUGUUUGUGCCUGAUGUAGUCGAGUGCACAAUGUCUUCCAAUUACCUCAACUUCCGAAACAGCGUUCCCUGGGUGAUCCUUCUGCUGGAAGUUCUUUUCCUCACCCGCUCUUACUUUGUCAACUUAGAACAUGAUGGUCUGGACUGGCUACACAGCUCCUACCCAGACUUUCAAGAUGUCAACCACAUGGUGAUUUUUGGAUUUGGCUUUUUCCUGAUGGUUCUGAGAAGAUAUGGGUUUAGCAGCACUGGAUUCAACCUCCUGAUCAUUGUACUUGGUGUCCAAUUCUCUGUGUUGGUAGAAGAUUCAUUAGUUUUCUUUUCUCUAGAGGCAAAUGAAGGUAUUCUGAAAAGUAUAGCAAAGGCUUUUAUAAGUAUGACAGCUGUGGUCAUCUCCACUGGAGCUGUUCUUGGGAAGACUAAUCUCAUGCAGUUAAUUGUGAUGACACUGGUGGAAUUAAUAGUUUUCUAUGUGAGCAGAUGGAUCAACAGGAGAUACCUGGAGAUUGGAGAUCAUCUCAGCCUGAUGCAUGUGCACCUGUUUGGAGCCUACUUUGGGCUGGCAGUCACCUCCUGCUUCCCUGAGCCCUCCCCAAGGCUGGACAAGAACAGGAGCACCCCAAAGUCAGACUUGUUCUCCAUGUUGGGCUGUGUCUUUCUCUGGGUGUUCUGGCCAAGCUUCAAUUCUCUGCUCACUCAGUCUGGGAGGAAAGCAGCCCUCAACACCUACUUUGCCCUUGCAGUGAGUGCUGUAACUGCCUUCAUGUUGUCUGCUCUGACCUCAAAGGAUGGGAAAUUCAGAAUGACUCACAUCCACAGUGCAGCACUGGCUGGUGGGGUCAUCGUUAGUUUUACAGCAGAGGUGAUCAGUCAUCCUUGGAUUGCCAUGAUUUUGGGUCUGCUUGGCAGUGCCAUCACCAUAUUAGGAUCUCACUGUUUACAGAGAUGCUUGAAUCCUCCUCUCAAAAUUCAUGAUACUUCUGGAGUUCAUUUCACCUUUGGUUUGCCUGCUGUGCUUGGAGCUCUUGCCCAAGUUGUUCUCUUAGUCAUAAGAGAAUGGGCUAAUUCAUCAAGUCUGGGUUAUUUGGUCCUUCUUCACAUUGGUGCCUUCUGCCAGACCAUCAGCCUUGCCUUGAUAACAGGUUUUAUCACAGGUUUUAUCUUGAACACCAGACUGCUUAAGAUCAUCCCUGUAUCAAAGUACUUCGAAGACCAGUUUUACUGGGAGUUUCCCCAUUUGGCUGUUGGAUUUUGAGUGGAAGAUCCCAGCUGACCAAGAGAAGAUUUUCCUCUUUGUCACUAGAGAAAAUGAGUAGCUAUGAUGGGUUGAAAGAGCACUGAAAUACCAGUUCCCAGGCCCUCAAAAGCCAUCCCAAUGGAGGCACGAAAAAUUAGUAUUAAACUAGUUAUUCUCUAAAGAUACUAAGUGUAAAUUCACAGAUGCAAACUUGCAUUUAGCUUUUCUGCUUUGUUGGUCUUACCUUAAAUAAGAUAUGUACAAAAAGGUUGACUGCAUUCAUGGCUGUAAUGGCUUAUCAAUCCAAAUGCUUGGAAACUUUAAACUAUUUUUAGCUCCCAAGUUUAAAAGCCAAAAUUAUGUAUUUCAAAGUGUAAUUUUUCAAGGAGCACUUCUUAUCUGGAAAAGUACUCAACUACGUGUUUUUAAGCUAAAUUGAUUCUGUUGAAGGCCUUGUUUAGGAAGGAUUUGAUGGGUGAGCUGGAUCUGGGCCAAACUCUGCAUCCUGCCAGACUGAACUCCUUGAGUUCUCUGACUGCUUAAAGACAAAUCUGUCAUUACUUGGCUCGGGCUAUUUGGAAGUUCAGAUGGCAAGAAGUUCAAUUGUUCUUCCUGUGCAUGGUGCCUCUGAAAUCAAUUUGGUAUUUGCUGCCAAAUCUAAAAUAAGAGCAGAGCUCAGGUCAGUGUCUGGGUAGGGACAGCCUGUACCUCCACAGGGUCAGCUGCCACCUGAGGGGACUGAGGGAAUAAUCCUCAGAGCCGCCUGAAACCAAUGCCAAGACCCAAUUUUGGAAGUGGCUUAUUCCAAGACAAGCAGGGGACUCUGGGGCCUAAUCACACAGAGGAUUCUCUGCAAGUGUACCCUUGUUUAUAAGUGGAUUGUGAUCCUCGGCGUUUGUUCUUCGUCUCAAAAAUAGCUGACACAGAAAAACUCUUUCCAAAAUGCUUACCUAAUAAAGAAGUGAAAAUG